AUGCGCGAUGCGCGCCCGCCAUACUUUGGCGAUUCCACCGUCACUCGUCUUCAAAUAAGCGCUCAAAACACCACUGAGCACAAGGUGCAAAAAAGAUCGAAGAUGCACCAGUGUAAAGUAUGCAGUAAAAUGUUUCCCCGUCCAAGUGGUUUAGCCACUCACAUGAACUCGCAUUCUGGAGCUAAACCGUUCGAAUGCAGUGUCCCACACUGCAACAAGAAGUUCGCAGUUCGUUCAAACGCCAAACGUCACCUUCGCACGCACGGCAUCAAUCCUUCGUCAUGUGAUACUUCUCCACCCCACCAACAGUAUACUGUAAAGUUUGAGGAGUCACAGGUAAACCCUGAAGACCACGAUUUUGGAACUACCCCAUCCAAGUAUAGGUGGAUGCCCCCAAGCCAGGGUCUCGCGACGCGUACUGGUAGUAGCGUCAAUUGGCUUAAAUCUGUGCCAUCGAUGGAGUUGAGGCAGGGUGAAUCAUCGUCCUCCACUUACUACACCCGUUUGGCGACGCAGUCGGGUGCGUCAUCAUCUGAAUUGGGGUCGAGCGAUGGGUAUGAAGAUAUCUACUCCUUCGCAAGCGCAGAAGAAUACCCAUAUCCAGCACGCCAGGUUGGUUGA